AUGGAUAACAGCACACAGCUCACUCCGGGCAAAUUCCUGGGGUUUGUCCCCAACACGGACCCUCGGGUGGCGGGUUUGGGAUUCCAGCAAUUGGUCACUUGUGUUUGCUUGCUGCUUCCAGCCUACGCGUUCCUGGUUUCGCAGCUGCGAUUUCGAUACCUACGGAGGCUGCAUCAAAAGUACCCCUAUACGACGCGAGAGUCUUUCUCUCGCAUGACCGAUGAUGAAGCCUGCGAGAUACAAAAAGGCUUGGUUCAGCUGGAGUUCCCGUUUCUCUACCUCAAAUCACUCCAGUUUGCUCUCUUCAGGACAUACGGCAUCCCGACCAUCUCGACAGUGCUCACAAAUACAGCCCAAUUCUCCAAGCCCGAAACGUCCCUGAAACGCUACGCUGAUACUGUAGCACUAGUUCAGGAGUUCGUAGGCCAUGCGCCAACCUCUCGUCGUGCUUGCACUUCUAUUGCACGCACCCGCUGGAUCCACAGCAGCUAUCGCGCUUCCGGCAAGAUCCUGGAAGAUGAUAUGUUGUACACACUUGGCCUCUUUGCCAUUCAGCCUGUCAGAUUUGUGAAAAUGUAUGAAUGGCGGGACCUGAGCGAUCUUGAGAGAUGUGCCAUUGGGACCUUCUGGAAAAGUCUGGGCGACAGCUUGAAUAUCAGUUACGAUGCCCUCCCAUCAGGUAAAACCGGAUUUCGCGAUGGUCUUCAUUGGCUGGAGGAAAUAAUGGCUUGGAGCGACGACUAUGAGGUUCGUUGCAUGGUACCUCAUGUCAAGAACCGUGAGGUGGCCGAACAGACCAUCGCAGUGCUGCUGUACAUGCUUCCCCAGUCACUACAGUUCAUUGGGAUGAGAUUUGUCUCGUUCAUGAUGGACGAUCGCUUGCGUAAAGCCAUGCUGAUUGACCCUCCCCCGGCUUUUGAUGCCAAGCUGUUCUCGUUGCUGUUCUCCGCUCGUCGGUUUGCAUUGCGCUAUCUCGCGCUACCCCGCCCUUAUUUUCUGCGGUAUGUCAGUUACACCGAUGAUUACAACAAGGACGGCCGCAUCUACAUGACCAACUGGGAUGCUGCACCUUAUUAUGUAGAGCCGAGUUUCCGGAACCGCUGGGGUCCGGUUGCCUGGUUGACUUGGGUGCUUGGUCGGCCUUUGCCGGGAGACGAAGGGGACAAGUAUUAUCCAAAGGGAUAUGAUAAUCUCAACGUAGGCCCGAAGUAUUUUGAAGGUAAGGGCCGCCAGGGUAUGGAGGACAUUAUGAAGGAGUUGGAAACCACACGACGGGGUCAGUGCCCUUUCCACUGA